CUGGGUACUAUGACAGCAACUGAUACAGUACAACUGGUGGAGUUUGUACAGCCAUGAGUGGGUUGGUAGUGAGAAGUUUGUCAGUAGGUUUAGAAGGUACCAGUACUGUGACUAUACAAUGGACGGCUCCAUCACCUGGGAGUGACCAGGUCAAUAGGUACGAGGUACACUGGACUCCAACGUUAUCUAAUGGGACAUCAAACUACAAUGCUGCCAAGUCCACAUUAGUCAAACUGACUGGAUUCACAUCAGGACAAAGGUAUACUUUCUAUGUUAAAUCUAUUGAGGAUGGAAGUCGUAGCAGUCAACAGGAAGUGCAGACAAGUCCGGAAGCUAUUACUAUCAAUGCUGGUCUCAAUGUUGUAUGUGAUGGUGGCAUAACAUGUGCUGACUCCAAUUCGGAAUGUAUUCAAGCUGCAACUGGAGGUACCAACAUCUGCAGAUGUAAAUCAACAUACUUUGACAGUAAUGGAUAUGCCACUAACGGAGGAAUGUGUGUUUUAAUGUCCAAACUAGCGGUGACUAACGUUAUAUUGGUAAAAGAAGGAACAGACAUGGUCAACAUCAGCUGGACGCUUCCUGCAGAAUACACCAAUCAGGUCAACAGGUACGAAGUAUACUGGAUACCUGCAAAAAGUGAUGGGAGCACAUCGUACAAUGCCGAACUAAACACAGCUGUACAGUUGGCGGGGUUUACACCAGGUCAGACCUAUACCUUCUCUGUCAGAUCUGUGGAGUCUGGAAGUCGUGAUCAGGAACAAAGUUAUUCUACUUCAACUCCUGCUACAAUAAUGAAACCGACAACGCCAUCAGGGUUCAGAGAGACAGAUGUUGAUGGUCCAGUGAUAAUAUUAUCCUGGACCCUCCCUAGUGGUAUCAGUACUAGUUAUGAUGUCAGAACUACACCAACACUAAACCCCACCACUACAUCUACAGAAUCUAUAGCCUACACUAGUGGGGUAUUAGACGGACAGAGGUACAACAUCACUAUUACCACAGUAAGUGGUAGUGAGAGAAGUGAUCCUCUAGAGGCUAAAUUCAGGACAGUGUCAAAAACCCCAAAUCCUCCAACAUCAAUUUUUUGUAAGGCCCCCACAGAUCAAACCAUCACUUUGGGCUGGACAGCCCCCUCCCUGUCGAGGGGAGACAUCCAACAUUAUGUGGUCAUUAGUAUUACAACUGGUGCUAUGUUUACCACGACAUCAAGUCUGGCAGAUUUUACGGUUGGUGGUCUACAGCCAGAAACCAUUUACACAUUCAGUGUAGCUACAGUGAAUGAUGCAGUGACAUAUACCAACCGAAGUAUAUACAGCUCACAGAUAGGAUGUACAACCAAAGCUGCCAGUGAGUAGAGGCAUAGUUGUGGUUCUGUAGAGAAAAAAAGUGAAUCCAAACAUUUUGGUGAAUUCAACAUUAAGAACAUCUUCAACUAUUAACAUAUUGGAGUAUUAAUUAACCGAGUUUCCAAUAAUUUCUAUGAAAAAAACAUCAACCUAUGUCAUUUGCUCAGUGAUAAUUCAUAAUGUUUUCAUGGUAAAGAACGUUGUAAUGUUUAUUUGUUUUCAAUAUGUUUGUUUAACAUAUCAUCUGAUUUUUAAUUUUCACAGCUUAGCUCGUGAGCUUAUGUUUCAGCGACAGUUGUCCGUUCGUCGUCUGACAGCAUUUGGUCCGCACGUUAAAAAAACAAACACAUCAACACAAGUACAUAAAUACAUCACUCUUAAAUACAUUUUCAUCAUUUUUCAUUUAAUUGUAACCAGUGUUUUACUGUUUAUACUAAUUGUCUCUAUUUUGUGUCUAUAUAAGUCAUUAAUAUGUAUAUUUAAUUGUUUGUGUAGUGUCAUUGUAGGUCCUGUAUUGUUUUUGUUUAUAUGUUUGUAUAGUAUCGAUGAUAAGGGUUUGUCUAUAUUUAAUUAUGUGACAUGUUUUGUAUGAAAGUGUGUAAGUUAAAAGACAUGUAAAAAGAAAAGUGUUUAUUGAACGUAUUUUACCGUAUAGUGUCCCAGCGGAACUGCUGAUUACUAUAAUACUCGGAUGUAUUUAUCAUUGAUAACUUCUGUUAAAGGUAUGUAUCUUAACCACUCCUAAAAGGUAAGUAUCAUUUAAUUAUAAUUACCUGAAUACUUUUAUCUCAUUGGCAUCGAUUCAGUGAUAACCGUUAAAGUGGACCAUAAAACACAGAAAACUAAUACAUUCCUUAACAUUCCCGUCAGUAUUGAUUUGCAAUCCUAAGCCGAGCUUUAGAUGCUGGACAAUCAUCAGUAAUUUCAUCCAGACGUAACACAAGCAUCUGCGCUACACUGACUGCUUCCAAAUUCAUCCGAACAGAGGAUUCCUUCAGAAAGUCGGUGACCCGGCACUUUUGUGAUGUUCAUACCGUUGAAAGCAUGGAUCUGUCAUAAUUUACCGCGUCUUUUAAUCAAGGCUUUUGCAUUGACAAUACUGACUACCCUUGUGAUGUCUGCAGUCAGUAGGAUACAGCACUACCCCUCGAACUUCCAUUUUAUACAUGUAAUAGCUUUCUGAUUACAAGUGUGAUUCACGAUUAAAUAAAGAAAAUUUUAUAGUAAAA